GCUGCUGCUGCUGCUGCUUGGUGGCGCAGCCCUGAUCCAACUGAGGAUGUGAGGAUGGAAACCUGAGGAAGGGGGUUCUGCUGGAGCCGAGUGGUCUGGAUGGAAUAAUCCAGAAGAAACCCAGUGUGCACUUGUGGUGGUCAUUUGAUCCAUUACUUGAACCGUGGUGAGAAGAACCGGUGCCAGCCAAUCAAAACGUGGACUCGUUUCAAACCGGAUUCUCUCCUAUUAGCGCGUCUCUCCGGGUCCUUUCGUCUCCUUUAAUCUGGGAUGAUCAUCUCUGUUUGAUUGCCACCGAGCACACGAGUGGGAGCGCGCUUUCCAUUGCAAAGUUUUGGAUUUUUUUUUUAAUGUUGAAAGGGGGGAUGGCAGUCAUUGGACGUGCAUGCACGCGCCUCUUUUAACGUGCGUUGGAUGCAUGCUGCCUUAGAGGAAAGUUUGGGACCGUUACGCGUGGGAGGAUGCCACCGGUGAACCUUUUCGGGUUUAUCCACGGACGCAGAGCUAAGUGACCGCCUCAUCCCCUUCCACGUGCGGUUCAUGUGCUUAACGUUUCCUGACUUUCGGAUGGAUUUGUGAUCGGAUGUUGGAGGGGUGAAGCUGGAGAAUGUGGAUCCGAACCGCGGAGUCGUGCUCGGGCUGCAGGGGAGAGCGGCGGAUGUACCGAUCCCUGCCUGGGACCACACGUGUUCCCUGUAAACAAUGACUCAAGACACCAAAAUGACGAGCUGUGGAUAGAGGCUGCCCUGUGGGACCUUUGUCUACUUUGCUUCAGAUCCUCUCCUCAUCAUUUCCUAGUUCCUCUUCCUUCCCUUCUUCAACCCUUUACCCCCCACCUUUACUAUUUAUUCUUUUCUCUACAACCUCCUCCGUUCCCCCUCCGUCCCCCCCACAGCACACAUGCAGGCUAAGAAGCGGUACCUGCUUGUGUCUGUGGGGGCCGGUCUUCUCUUCCUCAUAUAUCUGUGGGGUCUACAAAUCGGGGAAUUCCAGCAGCCGCCAUAUCAAUAUCAGCAGUUACCCCAGUACCCCCAGUACCGCCAGCAGGAAUACCAGUACUACCACCAGACCCAGGAGAUGCAUCAGCACCAGCCCCUACCCCAGAAAAGCCCUUCCAGACCGCCCAGGCACUGGCCCGAGUCGACCGAGCUGCUGGAGCCGUACCUGGAGGGAGGAGAGCAAGAGGAGGACAGUCCUCAGCUCCACCACCAGCACACCUCACCUCGUGAGCGGCGUGCGAUCCGAGACAUCAUCUACAAGAACAAGCGCUGCCGCAUGGAGACCUGCUUUGACUUUGCUCGCUGCCAGUCGGGCUUCAGGGUCUACAUCUACCCACCGCAGAGAGGGGACGAGAUCUCCGAGACCUACAGGAAGAUCCUGUUGUCCAUCGAGGAGUCUCGCUUCCACACCAAGGACCCAACGAGAGCCUGUCUGUUCAUUCUGGCCGUGGACACGUUGGACAGGGACCAGCUGUCGGCUCAGUACGUUCAGAACGUCAGGCUGCGAAUCCAGAACCUGCCGACGUGGAACGAUGGAAGGAACCACCUCAUAUUCAACCUGUACUCGGGCACCUGGCCGGACUAUACAGAGGAUCUGGGCUUUGAGGUGGGCCAAGCCAUGCUGGCCAAGGCCAGCGCUGAUAUGGUCAACUUCCGACCCAACUUUGAUAUCUCCAUCCCCUUGUUCUCCAAGGAUCACCCGCAAAAAGGAGGCGGCAUAGGGUAUCUGACCCUCAAUGAUGCACCGCCUUCCAGGAAGUACCUGCUGGUUUUCAAAGGGAAGCGAUAUCUAACUGGCAUCGGAUCGGAAACGAGAAAUGCUCUGUAUCACAUCCACAACGGGGAAGAUAUUAUUCUUCUGACCACAUGUAAACAUGGGAAGGACUGGGAGAAACACAAGGACUCUCGGUGUGACAGAGAUAAUGAAGAAUACCUCAAGUUUGACUACCAGGAACUGCUUCAUAACUCGAGUUUCUGCAUGGUGCCCCGGGGCCGCCGUCUUGGAUCCUUCCGCUUUCUGGAGGCCCUUCAGGCGGCCUGCAUUCCAGUUAUUCUGAGCAGCGGCUGGGAGCUUCCCUUCUCUGAAGUCAUCGACUGGAGGAAAGCCGCCAUCGUUGGAGAUGAGAGACUUCUCUUACAGGUUCCCUCCAUUACCCGGUCUGUCGGCCGUGACAGGAUCCUGGCUCUCCGCCAGCAGACUCAGUUCCUCUGGGACGCCUACUUUUCUUCUGUCACCAAAAUCGUCUUAACUACUCUGGAGAUCAUCCAGGACCGUGUGGAUUCCCAUGUGUCCAGAAACGGGUUGUUGUGGAAUUCCCUUCCUGGUGGUCUCUAUGCACUCCCCCAGUACUCAACUGACCCUGUCCAGUUCCCCUUUUACUAUGCCAUUCUGGGUAAGAGCCCGGCGCAGCAGUUCACAGCUGUGAUCCACACGGUUGCUCCUCUGCAGUCACAGAGCUCCCCCGUGGUGAAGCUCAUCAUCGCUGUAGCCAAGUCCAAGUUCUGUGCACAGAUUGUGGUUUUAUGGAACUUCGACAAGCCUUUACCUCCUAGGGACAAGUGGCCCUCCACCAGCGUGCCUCUCACUGUCAUUGAAGGACAGACCAAGACGAUGAGCAGUCGUUUUAUCCCCCACGGCGUCAUCCUCACUGACGCCAUUAUCAGUCUGGAUGAAGACUCGGUUCUCUCAACAAAUGAGGUGGAUUUUGCCUUUAUUGUAUGGCAAAGCUUUCCGGAGCGCAUCGUGGGGUUUCCAGCAAGGAGCCACUACUGGGACAGUUCCAGGUCCCGCUGGGGAUACACCUCCAAAUGGACCAAUGACUACUCCAUGGUCCUCACGGGGGCAGCUUUCUACCACAGAUACUAUCACUACCUGUUCACCCACUACGUCCCGGCCAGCCUGCUGACCAUGGUGGACCGCAUGGCUAAUUGUGAAGACAUCCUGAUGAACUUUCUGGUUUCAGCUGUCACCAAGCAGCCGCCAAUCAAAGUCACACAGAAGAAGCAGUACAAGGAAACCCUGAUGGGCCAGGGCUCCAAGUCAUCCCGGUGGGCCGAUCCCGACCACUUCGCCCAGCGACAGACCUGCAUGAACGCCUUCAGUCGCUGGCUGGGUUUCAUGCCCCUGGUGCACUCCCAGAUGAGGCUGGACCCCGUGUUGUUCAGGGACCAGGUUUCCAUCCUGAGGAAGAAAUACAGGGACAUUGAGAGGCUGUGAUGGCGGGGGGAUACACACCAAAUCAUUGUGUGUGUGUUCGCCAAGUCGUGAAGCUAUAAAGAAAAGCUCACACGUGGACACUGGACAUAAAAAUGAUGAAACACAGAGGUACACAUAAGGCAUUUAACGGCAUACUUCUAUAGAAACAGAGAAUAUGUAUGAGCCCAGCUUCAGAUAACAGUGAGUGACCCGUCAGCUGUGACGAUGCACAUCCACAUGCAUGGAUACACAUGCAAUAAUGACCUGGGCACAUUCAAUGCAGUCCUGACCACCACACACACACAAGUAUGUGUUGCAUGAUUUGAACAAGACAACUUUACAUGGACCUGAUAAGAAUAAUGUGUUUGUAUAAAAAAAACAGGGAAUAAAAUGACGCACACUUUGGGGUUGUGUAUGUAAAGUAAAAACACGUUGUGGACAAAAGGACAAAGCAUAGCUUCUGGGUCAUGCCAUGUGAGAGCUGCUUCUACAUAACACCCAGAGACAAUGGCACUAUGCCCCCUGUACACUAUUAUAGAUUUUCUGCUGCAGCUCUUGCUUGUAUGAAGCAAAUAGAAAAAUAAAAUAAAGAGAUGUUGUGUUAUCAGACUGAAAACUCAACCCACCCCAACUUUUCCUUUCUUUUUCGAGGUGUAUUUCCCAGGGUUUUCUGCC